ACAAAACCCCCAAAAAUUCCUCACGCUUAGAUUUAUAUAUCCACACACACACACACACAUUACCCAUGGCUAUACAGAAAUUCCACGACGCCACCGGAAAAAUGACUCAGCUCUACCGGAAAAUCAUCCACGUCAACCUCCGGUGGAGCAUCGCCGAGAAAGUCACCAUCCUCCGCCGCUUCUUCCGCUUCGUCUGGGAGAGAGUCCUCGUCUGCUCCGUCAGGAUGCCUAAUUCUCGAUACCGCCGCCUCUCCACCAGAAGAGUCCCCUCCUCUUCUUCUCCUACUCCGGCGAAUCCUCUCGAUUCCGCCGCUACGACGUCGUCUAGCGGCGGAUACGACAGCGACGAUUCCGAUUUAGUCUCGUUGAAGAUCAGUAUAUUGGGGGAUUGCGAGAUUGGGAAAACUAGUUUUGUGGUGAAAUAUGUUGGAGAUGAGGAGGAGAGGAAGAGUUUGCAGAUGAAGGGGCUGAAUUUGAUGGAUAAAACACUGCAAAUUAGAGGUGCAAGGAUUGCUUUCAGAAUUUGGGAUGUUGGAGGUGACAACAAGUCAUUACACCAAGUUCCAAUUGCUUGCAAAGAUGCUGUAGCUAUUCUUCUCAUGUUUGAUCUCACCAGUAGAUGCACUCUAAACAGUAUAAUUGGAUGGUACAGUGAAGCAAGAAAGUGGAAUCAGCAGACUGCAAUUCCAAUAUUGAUUGGGACUAAGUUUGAUGAUUUUGUGCAACUUCCGCCUGAUAUUCAAUGGGCUGUCAUAACUCAGGCACGGGCAUAUGCGAAGGUGAUGAAAGCAACGUUGUUCUUUUCGAGCUCAACACAUAACAUCAAUGUAAACAAGAUCUUCAAGUUCAUAAUGGCGAAGCUCUUCAAUUUGCCAUGGGAUAUUCAGAGAAACUUGACUGUUGGUGAACCCAUUAUUGACUUUUAAUUCUUUUUUUUUAUUGGAAGAGAAGUAUGACUUUGUAUACGGAACAAUUUUUGUUAGCAAAAUAGAGUAGCUGCUAACAGCCCAAUUAACCAUAGCUGUUUUUGAUGGGCCAGAUCUGUCCUGGAUUAGCGAAGCCCAUUUGUAAAACUAUUACUCAACUAUUGUAUUUUCUGUACCUAAAUGAAAAUCGGAUUCUAAUAGUAUCUUCUUUCAA